AUGAAUUUGUCCAUUACAGUUCACAAUGAGUUAAAACCGGUGUUUGGUCCAACAUCCCAACAGAAGGACCUGUAUGAUUCUGCAAUAUGGCCUAUUGUUUUUGAAGUUCUAGAGGGAUAUAACUGCACCAUUUUUGCUUAUGGGCAGACAGGAACAGGAAAAACUUAUACAAUGGAGGGAGGGGCAAGAAAGAAGAAUGGGGAAUUUCCAAGUGAUGCAGGUGUUAUCCCCCGAGCUGUUAAACAAAUUUUUGAGAUAUUGGAAGCUCAAAAUGCUGAAUAUAGCAUGAAAGUAACACAUUUGGAGCUUUAUAAUGAGGAGAUCACAGAUCUUUUAGCUCCUGAGGAAUGCACAAAGUAUGUAGAUGAUAAAUCUAAAAAACCAAUAGCGCUAAUGGAAGAUGGUAAGGGUGGAGUUUUAGUUAGAGGUUUAGAAGAGGAGAUUGUUUCCACUGCAAAUGAAAUCUAUAAGAUCUUGGAGAAAGGUUCAGCUAAGAGGCGUACAGCAGAGACUCUUCUUAACAAACAGAGUAGUCGUUCUCACUCUAUUUUCUCUAUCACAAUUCAUAUCAAGGAAUGCACUCCAGAAGGGGAAGAGAUGAUCAAAUGUGGCAAAUUGAACCUUGUAGACCUUGCUGGUUCUGAGAACAUAUCACGUUCUGGUGUAAGGGAGGUAAGAUGUAAAAAUAUCCGACUGCCAGGCCAUUGCGUUUGGCAGUAUACUUAA